AUGGGGAAUCCAUCUGAGGCAGAGGAGGAGACGCAAGAGAAGCAGCCAACAGAAAAACCAAACACACAGACAAAACCAGAGAAGAGGAAGAGGUUAACAGAGAAAACAGUUAAGGCCAAGAAGAAGAAGAAAAACAGCAAACAGAACGAGUGUGUUAUUCCUCAGAAGAGCGAGAAAGAGGAUGAAAAGUCAACUAAACUUAAAAAAAAGAGGAAGAAGAAGAAGACGAUUACAGAUGUCUUGUCCUCUUCCGAGCCGAAACCUGGCUGUCCGGCAGACCUGCAGAGCCUGGUUACACAGUACUUUUCAGACAAGCGCUCUGUGAUCGAGCAGGAGGAGCUGAAAUUGUCGGACUCCUGCUUCCUGUCCAGUAACGACUUGUCGCACACCCUCUCCUCAUACCUGAAACAGGUGUGUCCCAAGUGGGCCAAGCUUCAAAAGCAGCAUACCGAAAAAGGCUCCGUGGUCCUGCUCAUCGUCUGUAGCUCUGCUCUGCGAACCAUUGAGCUCAUCAAGCAGCUCACAGCCUUCAAGGGUGGAGCCAAAGCAAUAAAACUUUUUGCGAAACAUAUCAAGAUUGAGGAGCAGGUGAAGCAGCUUCAGAAGGGGGUCACUCAUAUAGGAGUGGGGACACCUGGCAGGAUCAAUGCUCUUAUUGAGAAAGAGGGUUUGAACUUGCGGGCCUUGAGACACCUGGUUCUGGACUGGAACUGGAGGGACCAGAAGCUCCGAAGGAUGGUGGACAUUCCUGAGGUCAAACUGGACUUUAUGAAGCUGCUGGAGAGCGGCACCCUGAAAGCUUGCAAAGAAGACAAAGUGAAAAUUGGCCUUUUUUAACUCUGCAUUGUACAGCGUGCUGAUAAUCCACACGACGGCUCGAUGUUUAAAGCUCCACACUGAUGUUCCUCACAACACGCUGAAGGGGCCUCAUCCUGUUUGUUUUCCCUUCGUGUCAGUGUGAAAUCUGUGCUGUGCUUUGACUAUUUUCAGAGGCCUCAUCAAAUGUGCGGUGUUGUUUGUUCGCUCUUGUCGUCCAAUGCGAUGUCCCAGUGUGAUGGAUUGAAUAA